ACCGCGUGUGAAUGACGUCAUUCGCGUGCGACGCACGAACGCGUCACGACUAGCUGAGGCGCGUUAGCUUUGUUUACUAAUGUCUUUGCGCGCUAUAGACGUUUGAACACUAGGUUUUAGGAGUCUGUUUUGUAUUUUUUUUACUUAAAGCGUUUUAUGUACCGACGGAAAUGAUAGGAAACUUCUAGGAUUUAAAUUGUUUAUUUUUCCGAGCUGGAAAGAGAAUAUUUGGGAAACUGUUAGCUUGUUAGCUAGUUAGCUGCUGGUUCUCUGUAAAGCUGUACCGAGGCUAAGGAGUCAUGGCUUUAGAUGGGAUCAGCGUGUCGUUCCUGAAGUACGAGCUCGCCGCUACUAUAGACCAGGCGGUGCGGUGCGCAGUGGACACGGUGUUAAAGGAAACAGCGCGGAUUGUCGGCGCGAGACUGACUGAGGCGCGUGACGCCGCUGCAGAGUCCCGGCGAGAGAACCGGAGCCUGCGCGAGAGACUCGAUGUGUCCGAGUGCGAGCUGAAGGCGGUGCGUUACUACAUGACCGCUGCCGAGAAAAACAUAAAGCAGUGCUUGUUGUUAAACCGAAACCAACCGCCAUCCAGCAGCGCCGUCACCGAAGACCUCCAGUUUUCCUCGGAAUCGACUCUGGAGAGGACGGAACUGUCUCAGAAUCACCUUAAAACCUUUAGAAACACACCUGGAAGGAACCUCGGCGCUAAAACCUUGCCUAGUGUCGGCUUGUGUUUACCCACCGUGCAGUCUGAUUGGCCCCGUAACGUUAUAAACCGACGGAGGAGGCGUACGAAUAGCGCGUGCUUCAUAACCGACACGUCGAACCGACUCCCUGUGGAGUCUGACUCGGUUCAGGAGAGAACCGACGAGCCUACAGAAGAGCCUCAGUUUUACAUCUCAGAGGAAGGAGUGAUCGAUAAGGAGUAUAAGACCCCUGCUGGUGCGGUGCAGGAUUUCGGGAGAGUGCAUCAGGAGGAACAAGACGCUACAGGAUCGUCCGUGAAGGCCCCCGAUGAGCCGUGCGACAUGGGCAGGUUCGAGUUUGAGAUGGGAGCACCAGCGGGUAACGUCAACGAGCUGAGCCUCAUUCAGGUGAUGGAUGCUAACGAGGAGAUCAAGCAAAACUCUGUGAAAGUCGAAGACGAAACUGAUGUUCAGCCUUUAGAUCCUCCGUCUUUAGCCGUGGCUUCCUCUUCCAGUUCAAACACGCAACCCCAGAUCAUCUCACCUCCCAUGUCCGCUGGUGAAUCGGAGGCGCCUCCGGGUUUGAUGCCACCCGUCGAGGCGACCGACAAAGUACACCGCUGUAACGUCUGUGGCCGAGGCUUCCGGCGCUUCUACUGCCUGAAAACGCACCAGCGCAUCCACACAGGCGAGCGACCGUACCCCUGCCGCUACUGCGAGAAGCGUUUCCGCCACUUGGACAGUCUGCACAAGCACCAGCGCAUCCAUACAGGCGAGCGACCAUACCGCUGUGCUCAGUGUGGCUGCUGCUUUCGCGAACUGGGCCAGCUCAAAAAACACCGGCUCAAACACUCGCCCACUUCUGCCGCUCCGCCUGCUCACCCUGGGCUCUCUCUCCUCCCCGCUGCAGCCCCCUACACCUGGUCACACUUAAACUCUCAGUCUCUGGAUCUGGUCUAAGUGUUCAAGCCUCCUGAGCUACACAAACUACACAAAAACUAGCUUAUUAUAUGCCUGAGUUCAAAAGGUUUUAACUCUGCUGGAGCGAAUAGUAGUAGCAACGAAUAAUCAAUCUCAUUUAAAGCUGUUGUAUGUGUUGUAUUGUAACUCAAACAAAGUCAGAAGUUUCUACAUGUAUGGUUUCAGCAGAAACAUGGGAGAGGCCUAGAGAAUACAGAUUUUAUAGCUUAAGGUAGCUUAAGAUAUAUGCCGCAGAAUUUCAUCUGGUGCAUGUUGCACCAACUUUCUGUGAGCCAACGGAAGUGGGCGGGGCUACAAACAUUCUCUUUGAUCCAUAAAAUAUAACUUGAUUAUUAUCACUUACUAAUUAUUACUAAGGCCUUAACAUACGUAUGUGCUGCUUGGUAAAUGUCUGAAGAAGAAUAGCCAUUUUGUCCGCAGACGUGUUUUCGUAUUUGUGGUAACAUUCAGUUUCAUCUCUCUGUCUUGUUCACCACGUUGGAACCUCUACAGACUUCUCGUCUGUGUGUCCGGUGUAGCCAUGACCACAUAACACAAGCAUUCGCAUGUUGCUUAACUAGAAUGCCUGAACGCUAGUGCAAGAGAUUCACAUGCAGGCUGAAACGCGUCUUUUUCUGUUUUGUAGGAUUUGUUUGGGUCACAACAUUUUAUUGUUUAUUAUUAUUAUUAUUAUUAUUAUUAUUAUUAUUAUUAUUAUUAUUAUUAUUAUUAUUAUUAUUUGUCCAGGGGAAGCAACAGAAACUGGGAGCAAGACUGGAAUGUAAGAACCUGUUUUUUUUAACAAAUGUCACACAAGCAUACAGACAAAAUAUAAUGUAUAUAAACAAAUAAAACAAGUUUACUGUGAGCAAAGACGUUAGAGAUUGCAUCGAACUGUAUUUACGGAUGUUUACCAGCUUUCUUUAGUACCUUCCUGUAGCAAAACCACACAAAACGGUUAACACGUUCAAUUUAUAGUUUCUAAUAGCAACCGGUGAUUCAUAAAAUAUAUUGAUUGUAGCUGUAAUGUCAUUUGUGGUAUGUUAUUGCUUGAAAUGCUAAAGAUAUUAAACUGAUACUGAUUGAA